AUGGCGUCGGACGACCGCACGGUCGAUGCGUUGAUAGAGCGCGCGCACGCGUUUUGCGGCGGCGACGACGACGGCGACGGCGGCGAUGCGUUGGGACGACUGAGACGCGAACACGGCGCGAUGUACGCGAGGAUGCGAUCGAUGUUGGACGAGGACGCGCGCGAGGCGAGGACGAGAAACCGUCUUCGGCGCGCGUUGAUCGAGGAGUUUCCGGAGUUUGAUGCGUACGCGAUCGAUGUGGCGGUGGCGUGGGACGACGCGCGUUGCGCGACGUUGGCGCGCGGUCUCGUCGAGACGCGGACGGCCGAGGUUCCUUUCGGUGACGAGAAGACACCAGUGGAUCGAGCGGCGGAGAAGGGGCUCAAGGAGCGUCUGAAGUUCUUGCACGAGCACGGGUGUGCAUGGGAUGCGGAGACGUGCAGGUUGGCCGCCUUAAACGGGCAUUUGGAGUGUUUGAAGUACGCACACGAGCACGGGUGCGCGUGGAAUGAAGAGACGUGUGCAUACGCCGCUGAGAACGGUCAUUUGGAGUGUUUGAAGUACGCACACGAGCACGGGUGUGCAUGGGAUGCGGAGACGUGCAAAUCGGCCGCCGUGAACGGCUAUUUGGAGUGUUUAAAGUACGCACACGAGCACGGAUGUGCGUGGGAUGAGUGGACGUGUGAGUACGCCGCCACACGCGGUCAUUUGCAGUGUUUAAAGUACGCACACGAGCACGGGUGUGCAUUGGAUAAGCGGACGUGCGAGUGCGCCGCCAUGAACGGUCAUUUGGCGUGUUUGAAGUACGCGCACGAGCACGGGUGUGCGUGGGAUGAGUGCACGUGCAAAUGGGCCGCCACAUUCGGGCAUUUGGAGUGUUUGAAGUACGCCCACGAGCACGGAUGUGCGUGGGAUGCGGAGACGUGCAAAUUGGCCGCCGGGAACGGUCAUUUGGCGUGUUUGAAGCACGCACACGAGCACAAGUGUGCGUGGGAUGCGGAGACGUGCCGGUACGCCGCGACAUACGGGCAUUUGGAGUGCUUGAUGUACGCACACGAGCACGGGUGUGCGUGGGAUGCGGAGACGUGCAUGUGUGCCGCUGGGAACGGUCAUUUGGCGUGUUUGAAGUACGCACACGAGCAAGGAUGUGCGUGGGAUGAAGGGACGUGCUGGCGAGCCAUCCAAUGUGUAUACCAACAGAGAGAAGACUGCGUGGAGAAUGCGUGGAACUGUUUAUCGUACGCGGUCGAUCACCAGUGCCCCGGAUACGUGAAGUACGUCACUUUGUUGCGCCUCGAACGUGAUGCGCAAGUCGCCGAGACAAGCUUCAUCGUCAAUCUCGCACUCUCGCACGCUCGAAACGGCUACAUCCCAGAGCGCGAGUACGCCGAGCCCAAAGCCGAGCUCGAACGCGCGCGCGCAAAAAUAGACAACAUGAUAGCCCAACUCUUGGCAGAUGACUGA